AUUUGACACUAUCGCCUUUCUUAUCUCGUAAUCUAUCAUUUUCUAUAAGUAGUACUGCGCGUGUCUCCACAUCGUUCUUCUUCCUUUUCCCAAACCACUACGAACUACUUAACUCACCACCGCUCACCACCGCAACACCGCCGCCGGCCACCAUGUCGUUAAGCAACAACAUCACAGCUUUCCUCAAUUUCCUGGCCUUCAUGUGUUCCAUCCCCAUCACCGCCGCCGGAAUCUGGCUCGCCUCCAAGCCCGACAACGAGUGCAUCCACUGGCUCCGGUGGCCGGUUGUCUUCAUCGGAAUCGCCAUCAUGCUGGUCUCACUCGCCGGCUUCGCCGGCGCGUACUGGAAGAAGGAGGGCCUCCUCGGCCUCUACCUCGUCUGUAUGGCUAUACUCAUCAUCCUCCUGCUCUCUCUCCUGAUCCUGGCCUUCGUCGUCACUCGCCCCAGCGGCGCGUACAGCGUACCCGGACGGGGCUACGACGAGUACCGGCUGGGAGGGUACUCGUCUUGGCUGAGAAACCACAUCACGAGUUCGGAUAGUUGGGGGAAGAUAAGGGCGUGUUUGGCUGACGGCGAUAUUUGCCCCAAGCUUAAUAACGAGUUUUUCACUGCUGAGCAAUUCUUCGCCGCUCAUCUCUCUCCUCUUCAGUCCGGUUGCUGCAAGCCUCCGACGAUAUGCGGCUACCAGUAUUCGAACCCGACGGUGUGGAUAAACCCGACCAACGCCGCCGCAGACGGCGACUGUUCUGUGUGGAACAACGACCCCAGUCAACUCUGCUACAGCUGCGAUUCAUGCAAGGCCGGUCUGCUGGGAAACCUGAGAAGGGAAUGGAGGAAAGCCAACCUGAUCAUGAUCAUCACGGUGGUGGUUCUGAUUUGGGUUUAUCUCAUCGCUUGCAGCGCAUACAAGAAUGCCCAAACUGAAGAACUUUUCCGCAGGUACAAGCAAGGCUGGGUAUGACGACUUGAUUUGAUCGAUUCCCAAAGCUGCAGGAUUAAUUUGGAACUAUGUUGUUUUGGGCUUUUGGUUUAGCUUUUCUUGCAUGCUUUAGUUUGAUGCGCUUUUCUUUAUUGAUUUCCAUCUUGUAUAUAUUCUUCUAGUUUUUGUAUCAUUGUAUUGUAUUGUAGCUAAA